AUGACCAACGGGCGGGAACGCUUUCUGGACAAGGCCUAUCAGGUCAGGACCGAUGAGGAGACACGGGCGCUCUACGACCGCUGGGCGGAGGUCUACGACGAGGAACUGGGCGAGAACGAAUACCGCCAGCCGGCACGCUGCGCACAGGCCCUGGCCGAACGGCUCGCGCCGGGGCCCGGUGUUGCGGUGCUCGAUGUCGGCUGCGGCUCGGGCCUGUCGGGCAUCGCAUUGCAUCAGGCAGGAUACGGCGCGAUCGAUGGCUGCGAUUUCUCCACCGGCAUGCUGAAGAAAGCCGAGGCGACCGGCAUCUAUCGCCGGCUGUUCGAGGCCGAUCUGAACCGGCCGCCGCUCGAUGCCGGCGAUGGCGCCUAUGAUGCCGCGGCCUGCGUCGGCGUCUUUUCGACCGCCCAUGUCCGGCCGGACGCGAUCGACGAGAUCGUGCGUGUGAUCCGUCCCGGCGGCUUUCUGGUGAUCGGACUGAACGACAAUUUCUACCGGUCGGGCGGACUGGCCGGAAAGCUCGACGCCCUCGAAGCCGGCGGCCUUCUGACCGGCCGCGCCGACGAGCAUGGCGAACAUAUUGUCGGCACCGGCCUGACCGGUUGGGUGAUCGCCGCCCGCAAGGCCGGCUGA